AUGCUGACCCUGAGCAACGUGAUCUUCAGCUCUUCGCUACACCUCUCCCUGGGUGCCUCAUGUGAGUGGCGAAACGCCAAGGUUCGACCCUCGUUGCCACUGCAGAUGGUGGAGUCAUGGAACCCACGUGGUUCCAACGUUUCCAACCAGCUGAGAAGCCGCCACGGCCUCGCUGGGGAGAGAAAGCUGGCGAGCCUCGGUUGUCGACACCAGCGCCAGGUGGCUGCGCUGCCUCUCCAGAUUGGCAGGCUGAAAAUGACAAGUCGAAGGUCAGUGAAGAUCCUCACAGAAAGGUUGCUGAUGGAAUCUAUGACAUUGAAGACAUGA